AUGAUUCAAGUUCAAUUCUUUCUUGGUGUUUUCUUCCCUCCACUUGCCUUCCUCUCUCUACCAUCUCCAGCACUCAGUGCAGCCGGCUCUCUCGUCCAAAUUAAAGACUUCGGCACCAACCCCACAAACGUAGGCUUCUACCUUUACGUCCCAUCGAAACUCCAAGCCAAGCCCCCAAUCCUCGUAAAUCCACAUUGGUGCCAUGGCACCGCACAAGACUGCUUUAAAGGGACGCAACUCGCGACUCUGGCCGAUACUCAUGGCUACAUCAUGAUCUUCCCAGACUCGCCAAACACGGCCGACAAAUGCUGGGACGUCUCCUCGAACCAGACACUCACCCAUAACGGUGGAGGCGAUAGUCUAGGAAUAGUCAGCAUGGUGAAGUGGACACUUGCAAAGUACAACGGGGACCCGAGCCGUGUUUUCUCGAUGGGAACUUCGUCUGGAGCAAUGAUGACAAAUGUCCUCCUGGGCUCUUAUCCCGAUGUCUUUGCAGCUGGUUCAGCCUGGGCUGGUGUAGCGUUUGGCUGUUUCGCAGGAAAUGGCUUCGAUGUUUGGUCCGAUCCUUGCGCCACCGGGAAAAUCAUCAAAACUGGGUCCGAGUGGAAAACCAUCCUGGACUCCACGUAUCCUGGCUUCAAGGGCUGCCGACCGAAGAUUCAAGUCUUCCAUGGAACGGCAGACACAACACUUUAUCCUCAGAAUCUUCAAGAGGAGAUAAAAGAGUGGACUGCUGUUCUAGGAUUACCGAGCACGCCUGCUAGCAUAUUGGCGGAUCAUUACGAGAAGGGCUGGACAACAUAUGUUUAUGGGGACAGGUUUCAAGCUACGAGUGCCCAGGGGGUGACGCAUAAUAUUCAGACGAACGAGACGGUCGUGUUGAACUGGUUCGGUUUGAAUUGA